GGCAGCGAGCCUCGCCGAGCCGACUCGCGUCCCGCCGCAGCGCCGAGCUCUCCCGAGAAGCCUCUCACCGCGUGGACUCUGUGUGCGUGCGAGCGUGUGUCUGUGUGUGUGCGUGCUAAGUGUUGUGAUACCUGGGUGAAGUGCGCCGCAAGACACUGGAUUACUACUACAACUACAGCCACAGCUACGAUUCGCGACCACCAACGACUUGCUCCGAGUUGUGUUGUGUGUGUGUUGCGUAGUGCAGCGGACAGGAAUGCUGUCGUCCUGAGCACCGCGGUGUGAACACCUCACCAUGGACAGCCCGCCGUGCUGGGACUCGACCCGGCGCUCGACGGGGUCCUGGCGCGACUUCCUGGAGCCGCCCGCGCCCUGCUCGCCCACCGUGCUGUCCCUCUGCAGCGCCGCCUCCCUGAGCCGGCGCCGGGGACGUCGCCUCGACGACGACGACGACCAUGACUCAGUCCUGGACACGGACCAUGACGUGACGGAGGCCGUCAUUGAGCCCGUCACCGUAUCGGCGACGGGCACCUGGAGGGACCACCUGGUCGCGGACGUGCCCCUGGUCAGCUCACCCGCACCCUCCACGAGACGGAUCAGCAGCGAACGCGGCAACCGGAACUCUGAGGAGGACGAAGACGACGAAGACAUCGCGGACCUCGAGCUCCUGUCUGCUGGCGACGAGAUGGUGUUCGAGCCGUUCUCGGACACGUGCGGGGAAUGCGAGUGCGACGAGGACGGGGGUGGCCACGCCGCCGACGUGGACCUGGACGGGCUCGACCUGGCCCUCUUCGAGCCCGCGCCGUCCGAAGACUCGUCUUCAGUGUGCUCGGCGUGCUGCUGCCGCUGCCGCGAAGAGGAGGACGGGGAGGACGAGGACGACCCUGGGCUGGCGUCCGCCGUGUCUGGAUCUCUGCUGUACAUCUUCACCGGCGCAGGUAAGAGACCGUGGCCUGGUGAGGAUCAGGAUACCAUCUUCUAUGCCUUCAUAAAGGUUUGA